CUCCUCGUUAUAAGGGCACAAUUUCUAGCUCAUCUUCAAUCCCCUAGUUAAGAGUACUAUACACAGGAGGGAGAGUGAAGAUGGAUGGCGGAAGCAGCGGUGUGGGCGCAGAUGGGAUCUGGAGGCCAUGGGACGAGCACACCGUGCUCCGCCCGGAGGAGAUGGAGUACGUGCGGCGGUUCCACCAACACGUGCCAGGCGCCAACCAAUGCACCUCCUUCAUCGCCAAGCACAUCAAGGCGCCCCUCCAAACCGUUUGGUCUGUUGUGAGGAGGUUUGACAAGCCACAAGUUUACAAGCGUUUUGUGGAAAACUGUGUGAUGCAAGGGAACAUUGAGCCAGGAUGUGUUAGAGAGGUCACUCUCAAAAGUGGGUUGCCUGGUAAAUGGAGCAUCGAGAGAUUGGAGCUACUCGAUGACAAUGAGCACAUCCUUAGUGUCAUGUUUAUUGAUGGUGAUCAUCCGCUGAAGAACUAUUCAUCUAUUUUGACGGUCCACCAUGAGGUCACUGAUGGUCAUCCGGGAGCACUGGUGAUUGAGUCAUUUGUGGUCGACAUCCCAGAGGAGAACACCGAAAAUGAGAUCUUUUACCUUGUUGGGAACUUUCUCAAGUUUAACCACAAGUUGCUUGCUGAUGUGUCAGAGGGACAAAUCGAUCGCCGUGCACUAAACUAAUGGUCCCUUAUUGGUCGGCUAAUGACCAAUCAAUUAGCUUGCUCCACCCAUGAAACUUCUCUAUCAAAUUGACCGAGUGCCCUACCUUUCGUCGUUGGAUAUUUUUAGAAAUUAAUUCGUACAAUGUAUGUGGAAUAUUGUCUGUUGAGUUUGGUCUCUUCAUGUGCAUGUUUAUCAGGAUUUUAAAUUGAAGAAUAUGAAUAAAGUACCUCUUCCAUCAUUCCGGGAGAAAAUAAAGUUAAUCAGAGACAA